AUGGAGCUCCUGAAGCUGAACCGGAGCGUGCAGGGAUCCGGACCUGGGCCGGGGGCGUCCCUGUGUCGCGCGGGUGGCCCCUUCCUCAACAGCAGCAGUACUGGCAACCUCAGCUGCGAGUCCCCUCGCAUCCGCGGAGCCGGGACACGAGAAUUGGAGCUGGCCGUUAGAGUCACCCUUUAUGCGGUGAUCUUUUUGAUGAGUGUUGGAGGAAAUGUGCUCAUCAUCGUGGUGCUGGGACUGAGCCGCCGCCUGAGGACUGUCACCAAUGCCUUCCUGCUCUCACUGGCAGUCAGCGACCUCCUGCUGGCUGUGGCUUGCAUGCCCUUCACCCUCCUGCCCAAUCUCAUGGGCACAUUCAUCUUUGGCACAGUCAUCUGCAAGGCGAUUUCCUACCUCAUGGGGGUAUCUGUGAGUGUGUCCACGCUAAGUCUCGUAGCCAUCGCCCUGGAACGGUACAGCGCCAUCUGUCGACCACUGCAGGCGCGUGUGUGGCAGACUCGCUCCCACGCGGCUCGUGUGAUCGUAGCCACGUGGCUGCUGUCCGGACUGCUCAUGGUGCCCUACCCUGUGUACACCGUCGUGCAACCAGUGGGGCCCCGUGUGCUGCAGUGUGUGCAUCGCUGGCCCAGUGCGCGGGUCAGCCAGACUUGGUCGGUACUGCUGCUCCUGCUCUUGUUCUUCGUCCCGGGUGUAGUUAUGGCCGUGGCCUAUGGGCUUAUCUCCCGCGAGCUUUACUUAGGACUUCGCUUUGACGGUGACAGUGACAGCGAGAGCCAAAGCCGGGUCCGAAGCCAGGGUGGGGCCGCAGCAGGUCCUAUCCAGCAGAAUGGGCGUUGCCGGCCUGAGCCUGGCCUGAGUGGUGAGGACAGCGACGGCUGCUACGUGCAACUUCCACGUUCCCGGCCCGCGCUGGAGCUGUCGGCACUGACGGCCCCCACUCCUAUGCUAGGCCCCGGCCCCCGGCCCACCCAGGCCAAGCUGCUGGCUAAGAAGCGCGUGGUGCGAAUGUUGCUGGUAAUUGUUGUGCUCUUUUUCCUGUGUUGGCUGCCAGUGUACAGUGCCAACACAUGGCGUGCCUUUGAUGGCCCAGGUGCACACCGCGCGCUCUCCGGUGCCCCGAUCUCCUUCAUUCACUUGCUGAGCUAUGCCUCGGCCUGUGUCAACCCUCUGGUCUACUGCUUCAUGCACCGGCGCUUUCGCCAGGCCUGCCUGGACACGUGCGUCCGCUGCUGUCCACGGCCUCCACGAGCUCGCCCCAGGCCUCUUCCAGAGGAGGACCCUCCCACCCCCUCCAUUGCUUCACUGUCCAGGCUGAGCUACACCACCAUCAGCACACUGGGGCCUGGAUGA